AUGCACCCUUAAGUUCAAUUAUAAUAAAAAAUGCUGCAAAAAAAUUGAAGAGAAAAGGGCAAAUAGAACUUAUGAAGUAUUUAUAUCGACGGAUCAUUGAACCGUCGGACGUUUUCUUUGGCUUUUCCUUCAAAUAGUUUGGUAAAUGCCAUGCAAUGCGAAAAUGUCAGCGACAACAUUUUGUAUUGGUUCGAACUAGUACAAUUUGUAUCGUCACAUCGUCAGCAACUUGACCAACUGCUCGCGGAAAAGUUGCAAGUGCAAUUAUUUAUAAAAGACUAACUAUUAACAAAAGAGUGCAGUAUUUACACCAAAUUAGGAUUCAAAAUAAUAAACUAUGAAACGCUUCUCCUGCUUCAGUUUAAGUUCUGUGGGCAUGGGCAUUGCCUCCCUAGAUAUAAUUCUGUCACUAAGCACAUUAGUAUUUUGCUCCUAUUAUCUCUAUAAUGAUUUUUCACAAAUGGCAAAUUGGUCACAGAACGAAAUCAAGCCGCUGGACCCAUUAAGCAAUUUUAUAGCUACAAUGGUUGAUUAUGUGUUAGUAAAUAACUUCUCAAACGCGUUUUAUAUGGUUCUGGCUGUUACAUUGUGGAUUAAAUCAUUAAUAAAUCUUGUGGUGGCAUCAAUACUUAUGGAUGGUAUAAGAAAGCAACGUCUGAUUUGCAUUGCACCAUGGCUGAUCAAUACCUGCGUUUCGAUGACUAUUGAAGGAGCUAUUUUCAUUUUUAUGGAAAUAAAAAUAGAUGAAGUCGACGCUUCUAUGGAUAGAAGAAUUAUACGUUCUAUUAUAUAUGGCGUAUUUACAGUUUUAAACGCACUAUUUACAUUUGGUGUUUUCGCCCUCUACAAAAUGUUGAAGACGACUACGAAUGAAAAUCGAGCUUUGCAGGAAAGUAUUGCAGAAACAGCAGGUCUCUUUCAACAUGUAAAAGUUUGAAAAACAGCACUAGAAACA